AACCAGCCAUUUUCCUUCACAAAAAGAAAAACAACAUAAUCCAUUUUCUACUUACUUCUCAUCUCACAUUUCAUACCCAAAAUACAAAGAAGAUCAAAAGAGAGAGAGAGAUUAACUCGAAUUAAUGGCCUCCACAGCUUGUUUCUUGCACCACAAUGCACUCACCACACCAACAACUGUAUCAUCAUCAAAGCCACGCCAUGUGACAUCCAUGAAGCCCAACCAACUUGUCUGCCGUGCCCAAAAACAAGUACAGGCCGUCCAUGAAGACGACGCCGCCGUCGUCUCUCGCCGGUUGGCCCUCACUGUGCUCAUUGGUGCUGCAGCCAUUGGCUCCAAGGUUGCCCCUGCUGAUGCAGCUUAUGGGGAAGCUGCCAAUGUUUUUGGGAAGCCGAAGACAAACACAGACUUCUUGCCUUACAAUGGACCGGGAUUCAAGAUCUUGUUACCAGCAAAAUGGAACCCAAGCAAGGAGGUUGAGUACCCUGGUCAGGUUCUUAGAUACGAGGACAACUUCGACUCCACCACCAUGGUCGCUGUUAUGGUCACCCCCACCGACAAGAAAUCCAUUAAUGACUUUGGUUCACCCGAAGAGUUCCUCUCCAAGGUGGACUAUUUGCUGGGCAAACAAUCCUACUCUGGCAAAACUUCUUCAGAGGGUGGUUUUGAUCCGGACGCAGUAGCAACAGCAAACAUAUUGGAGACUGCUACUCCGGUGAUCGGUGGCAAGCAGUACUACUCAUUGUCUGUGUUGACAAGGACUGCUGACGGAGAUGAAGGCGGCAAGCACCAACUGAUCACAGCUACUGUGUCUGAUGGCAAGCUCUACAUAUGCAAGGCUCAAGCCGGAGACAAGAGAUGGUUUAAAGGAGCAAGAAAGUUUGUUGAGAGCACUGCAGGUUCCUUCAGUCUGGCUUGAGAAAAAUGAUCUGUGUGGAUUUAAUUUGUAUCUAGUUCACAUUAUAAAACAUCAUAUUUGGUAGCUUUGUCUGGACUGAACCUUCUUUUUUUUUUCUUAUGUGAGUUCUGUAACUUUUUUUUUUUUUUUAAGAAGUUUGUUAAGAGGAAGCUACGCGAAUAUUGAAUGUU